AUGGCUGGCAUGAAAUUUGAGUAUGAUGAAAAUGGUGGCAAAUUUUUUUAUUUUUUUCUAUCCGUUUACGCAUUGAUACUUGUACCAGCGACUUAUUGGCUAUGGCCAAAAUCAGAAGAAAAACAAAGUACGCAUCUUGAAGAUAUAUUAAGUUAUCCUCCUUGCCGUGAUAAAUAUCAUUUAUUACGUGCAAGUGAGCCUCGACGACGACGGCGCACUAUAUUUGUUAAAAUUGUUCUCUUAGCAGCAUGGAUUAUAUUAUUAAUUCUUGCUUAUCGGGUAUCACUGAUAGAAACUGAACAUAAAGAAUAUGAUCCAUUUAUGAUACUUGACGUUGAUCUGGAAGCUAGCAUUAGUGAAAUAAAACGAGCUUAUCGUGAAUUAAGUAAAAAACAUCAUCCAGAUCGUGGUGGCGACCCAGAAAAGUUUGCAAGUUUUAAACUAAAAACGAAUUCAUUUAAUAAUAAAUUAAAACAAAAACAUGAAGAAGCAAAAAACAAUUGGAAAACAUAUGGAAAUCCGGAUGGACCAGGAGUGACUCAUUUUGGUAUUGCUCUACCAAAAUGGUUGGUCGAUCAUAAAAAUUCGUUAUUUGUUCUUUUAAUUUAUACUGGUGUAUUUAUGAUUGUUCUACCAGUUAUUAUUUGUAUUUGGUGGCAAAAAUCAGCACGCUACGCUGGUGACCAUAUAUUAAUUGAUACGAUUAAAAUUUAUCAUUUUCUUCUUACGAAAACAUCAUUGAUAAGUAUUAAACGCUCUCUUCUGAUUUUAAGUGCAUCAGCAGAAUUUGAUCGUAGACUCAAUCCAAUGAUUGUUGAUCGACCCAGUGAUAAUAUUGAAUUGCCAGAGCUAUUUAGAGAAUUAACUAAUGUACAAGAAAAUAUUAAAGAAAUACCAUUUCAACAGCUAUACAGUAUCAAAGCACGUACAUUAAUUUAUGCACAUCUUCAUCGACUUGACUCAUUAAGUGAUAAUCUUGAAAAAGAUAAACAGUAUAUUGUAAGACGUUCAAUUAAUUUGAUUAAUGAGAUAAUAAAUGUGGCAGUACAACUGGUGAAUGUGCAACAUAUUAAACACAGUGAAAUUGGUCCAAAACUUGAAACAAUUGAAAAUACAAUGAAAUUAUCACCUAUGAUGGUGCAAGCAUUAUUAAAUACAAAAAGUCCACUUCUUCAAUUGCCACAUAUUACUGAAAAUCAUUUAAGAUUUUUCGAAACAAAGAAGCGCACAAUCAAGCAUAUUCGGCAAUUUGCCGCCAUGGGUGAUGAACAACGUCGUUCUAUAUUACGUAGUAUUACCGAUGAACAGUAUUAUGAUAUUAUGAAUGUUCUUGCCAUCUAUCCACAUGUAACAAUGACUGUCUCAUUCGGAGUCGCCAACGAUGACGAUGAACAUAUAAUAACAACAGGAGCUGUUGUAACAUUAACCAUGCGUUUGCAUCGCCAAAAUAUGUCAUCUUUAUUUAGUAAAGAAUUAGCUAUAAAUUCCUCUGCUCUUACUAAUAAUACACUCAAUAGCGAAGGAAAUGAAGAAGAAAUUGGUGACAGAGAAAAUCGAGACAAGACAAAUGAAACAUUAAAAGCAUCGACUACCACGACUACUUCAUCAAAAGGUUGGAAUAAUAAAUCAGAAAAGAAAAAGAAAGCCAAUAAAGACAAAGGCAAGAAGAAAGGACAUCCGAAAUCAUCUACGAAAGCAAUCAAUAAGCAAACACCAACUAACACGAAUAAUAAUCAGAAAAAAACAAUUAAAAAUGAUAACAAAGAUUCCAGUGAUGAUGAUUCAUCCAAACAUUCCGAUGAUUCACCUACAAAUUCACGUCAACGUCACGAACAAACAAGAGACGAUCUAAAUGAAACUGAUAAUGAAUCUAAUAAUAAUAAUAAUAAUAAUGAUGAUGAUGAUGAUAAUACUAAUGAAAAUAUUCCGAAUAACUCAACACCUGAACAAUCUGAAUCAGUAAUAUCAUCAAAUAAGACCAAAACUCCGGAUGAUGAUAAGGACGACGAUGUAUUUCUUGAAAGAUUUCAACAACAACAACGGAAACGAGAAAAAUUAGAAACAAAAGCUAAAAUCAGUCAUCGUGUUUUUUGUCCGUUUUAUCCUGAAAUAAAACAAGAAUGUUGGUGGUUGUAUGUUGCCGAUAGAAAGCAGCAUGCGUUAAUCAGUGUACCCAUUUAUUUAUGUAAUUUAAAGGAUGAUGAUGAAAUUGAAGUCAAAUUUUCUGCACCAAAAUUACGCGGCCAUUACGUAUAUACAGUAAUAUUAAGAUCUGAUUCCUAUUUUGAUGCUGACGUAACGGAAAAUUUUUCGUUUGAUGUUCAAACAGCGAAGAAAGUCGCUGACAAUCAUCCACAAUGGGAUUUUAGUGAAGACGAUGGUGCCACUAAUAAUAAAGCUGACGAUGACGAAUUUGCAACCGAAAGUGACAGUGAUAAAGAUUAG